AUGGACCAUAAAUUUGUGUACAGCGUAUCAGGCACCUGUGGGGUCGAUACCGCUUCGGUAACGAUUCAUAUCAUCCCUUGCUGUGCCCUGGAUGUACGGGUGAGCUCCACCCCGAUCAGUUGUACCACCUCGGUAUCAACGGUAACGGCAACCGUAGCAGGCGGGGGCAGUGGCAACUAUACCUACCGUUGGACAGGGCCUAAUGGCUUUAGUGCAACGACCGCCAGCUUUACCACCUCUACCGCCGGCACCUACACCGUAACGGUUACCGAUGUAACCGGCAAUUGCAGUGCGCAGGCCAGCACCACGGUAACGGCAACCGGCAAUAUACCGGUACUGGUACUGUCGGGUAAUAACCCGGUGUGUAACAACAGCCCGGUAACGAUCACCGCCAGCGUAUAUGCCGGCACCGGCACCGCGCCGUUCACCUAUGUAUUCUCCAAUAAUUCAGGGGCGAUCCUGCAGAGCGGGUCUUCCAAUACCCUGACGAUGACCCCGAACGGUAUCUCGUCGAUCAUUGUAAAAGUAGUAGAUGCGAGCGGUUGUGAAGCGAUCCAGAGUAUCCCGGUAAACAGCCCCGGCCCGGCCCUGACCCUGACCAAUAUAGUCAGCAUCUGUGCCGGUCAGCAAACAACGAUCAAGGCCGAUGAUGGUGGUAUCGCAGGUUAUACCUAUGUAUGGCUGGACGAUAACAGCACCAACCCGGUACGUACCAUAGCCCCGCUGACAACAACGCGUUACACAGUCGUGCGUACCACGCCACAGGGCUGUAAAGACACGGCAACCUCUACGGUAGAAGUAUUUGCGAAGCCGGUGAUCGUAUCGAUCGACAGUACACAGCCAGCCUGCGGGAUGAACAAUGGCAGCAUCACCGUUCAUGCAAGCGGCGAUACGGCUCAGCUACGCUACCGGUUAAACAGCGGUGCAUGGCAGCGUUCAAAUGUAUUCAGCAACCUGUCCGGCGGCAGUUAUACAAUCACGGUAGGCAACCAGAACGGUACCUGCCAGGAUACGACCACGCCACCGAUCGUGCUGCAUGAAGCCAAUAAUAUAGUGAGCGGCAUUGCCGGCCCAUCAAGCAUCUGUGCGCUGGAGAAUGGCUAUUUUGUAGCCAACCCCGGUGUACCGGGCGGAACAUACCGCUGGUCGGCGACCGGUAAUCCACAGAUCACCGGCGAUACGGUGAGCAGUACCUUUACGGCGCAGUGGGCAGCCAACCAGGCAGGCACCACCCAGUCGGUAACGAUGACCGUGAGCCUUGCAGGCUGUACCCAGACCUAUACGAAGCCGGUAGUAGUGACCAAUGCAGUGUUUGCGAAUGCAGGCCCUGAUAAGGCGAUCUGCCCGAAUGCAGAAGUAUCGAUCGGGGUCAACCCUAACCAGGCAGGCCCUCCGGGUGCCAGCUUUAGCUGGUCGCCGUCCCAGUAUGUAUCCGGCAGCAACCGUACUUCAUCGGUAUUGGUAAAACCACCGGUAACGACCGACUUUAUCUUAACGGUAACCGAUACGAUCAAUGGCUGUACCCGCAGUGAUACGGUACGUGUGCGUGUAGAUGUGGCGGUGAACCCUGUUGCCGAUGCAGGUCCGGACCGUAUCCUCCCGGUAUCGAGCACCCCGGAUACGGUAAGCCUUGGCGGACCGACAACCACGCAACCAGGUAUGGAGCCGAAUACAACGAUCGGUUAUUUAUGGACGGCACUUAAUGGCAGCCCGAUCGGCGCGCUGAGUGCAACGAAUGUAGCCAACCCGUUGUUCCGUCGUCCGGCAGGCGUGACCACCGCCACCGAAUACACCUAUGUAUUUAUGGUGCAGAAACAAUACACCGGUGCCUCCUCCUUACAAGGGGUGACGUGCCCGGUAUUUGAUACCGUAAAAAUCCGUUUUUCGGCCCUGCCGACCCGGGUACUGUUAUCUCCGAAAGUAUUGUUACAGGGCGCGCUGUAUGGCCGUAACCCGGUAGAUUAUCCAUCGGAUUCGAUCAUGCGUGAUAACCUUCGGGCACAGAACAAGAUCCCGCUGACGACGCCUUACCCGGACCUGAAAAACCCGAUCACCGGUGUCAAUGCCUUUGUACCGGUCAAUAAUCCGCCGGAGACGAUCGGCGGUCCGUACGGUUCGGCUGUGACCCUUGGGAAUAAUGGGAACAAUUCGAUCGUAGACUGGGUGUUCCUGGAGCUGCGCAGUGCGUCCGACCCGCAGAAAGUCGUGGCCACCCGUUCUGCACUGGUGCAGCGCGAUGGAGAUGUGGUGGAUAUGGAUGGAUUCUCCCCGGUAGCAUUUGAUAAUGUGACCGACCUGAACAGUUACCUGGUGAUCCGCCAUCGUAAUCACCUGGGCGUGAUGACCAAGGAUCCGCUGCAGCUGAGCACAACCACGCAGACGGUAGACUUUACGCACAGUCCUGCAAAUGGCGGGGUCGCCACCUAUGGCAACUAUGCGCAAAAGGAGCUGCCGGGCGGCCACCUGGCACUAUGGGCCGGCAAUGUGAAUGCGGAUCGUUUUGUGAUCUUCAAUGGCGGUAACAAUGAUCAGAAUGCGUUGCAGCAUAUCGUGUACAAUGCGCCUGGUAAUACGACGCAGAACCUGAGUUAUAUCUAUAACGCAUACACACAGGGCGAUGUGGAUAUGCGGGGUACAGCGAUCUACCAGGGUGCCGGUAAUGAUGCAAACUAUAUUUCUGAGAACGUGUUUAACCACCCUGCGAAUGUGAAUAACAACCAGACGUAUGUGAUGUUUGAACAGGUUCCACCGCGUAAUAACUAA